GUUCCUAGCUGUUUUGGACUGACUGUUACAACUUAAUGUUAAUAAGGUUUGUUUAAAUUUAUGUAAGUGCAAAAGGUGUGCAAUGGUCAAGCUAAAAAUUGUUGUUAUCGGCCCAAAAAUGUCUGGGAAGUCAACAGUUUCCAAUUUCCUGUCUGAUGCCAUUGACUAUAACAUUGAAGAUUACAGGCCGACUCAGGGUGUCCGGAUUCUAGAAUUUGAAAUCCCUCAGAGAAAAAUCGAAAUAGAACUAUGGGACUGUUCUGGAGAUGAUAAAUAUGAAAAUGUAUGGCCAGUAUUCCUUUGGGAAGUCAAUGGGGUCGUCCUUGUUUUCAACCCUGAAGAGGCCUCACAACUCCCGGAGCUGGACAGGUUCUACGAAAACUUUGUUAAGAAAACAAUACUACCACAUAACAAUGCUUUGGUUAUUGCAAACUGCAAAGAUACGACCAUGAAACCACAAACACCUGAACUAUCUGGAUCUUUAGCAAAUAUCACUUAUGUCAAUGUGAAUGUGCUUGAAAAUGGAGAAGCGAUGAGGACAGCUUUUGAGCAAUUUGCAUCGUCUAUUGUAAUAGACACAAAAGAAUUCGGCAAUGAGGAUAUUAGUCUGCUGGCAUUGCCAAUAUAAAACAUUUAAUUUUAUUUAUUUAUAUGAAUAUAUA